AUGAUGACAGAUAUCUAUAUCGCCCAGGCGAUCGGGACAUUGGGCUGCAGUGUCGCCGCAGGUGGAAUUAUGACUCUCUCUAUCAUGAAUAUUCCCAACCUUACCCUGCCCGCCCGCCGGCCGCCCGGGGCUACCAUCCCUGUUCGCGAAGUGCCUGGAACGCCAGUCGCCCAUUUGACACAUCAGUGGCUGGAUGUCUAUGAACGCGGGAAGCAAACCUAUCCCUUGAUUGCCCUAGGAGCCUCUCUGGCGAACGGAUACCUUGCCUGGGCACUGCGAGAUGUCACAGAUCCCGCCGGGAUCGAUCAAAGUUGGACUAGCUUCUAUGUCACCGCCAUCGCAGUCACCUUGGGCAUUGUGCCCUGGACCCUGACCGUGAUGAAAAGUACUAAUGAUCGGCUUCAGGCGCAUGCCACUCGCGAUGAUGCCGCACGGGCUGAAGGAGCAGCGCAGAUGGUGUUUAGUGCGGAAGAGAAGGCUAGGAGGGCCCAGCAGGAUGAGGAAGUGCCCGAUCUGCUGCAAAAAUGGGCUCGCUUGAACCUUUACCGAGCCGUGUUUCCAUUCAUUGGGGCUGUGAUCUCAUUUUGUGGAGCCGUUUCGAUGUACUGA